GGCAUCAUCUGUGUAUGCGUAUGCUUGAGUCCAUGUAGAGCAAAAUUGUACUAAUAUUGUUGGAAUUUGUAAAUUAUUCUUCGCUGACUUUUGUGGCGUUUAUUAGAUAUACUUAAAAAUUUACUUCAGAUUUAUAACAUACUACGAUGCCAAAAGGCCGUGGACGUGGAGGAAGUGGUCAUAAAGGGCAACGCCGACAUUUCACUAAUCCAGAUCAGCUAGCACAAAGUAAAGAGAAGAAAGAAAAGGAAAGGCAGUGGAGGCAACAAAGAGGUGAGCUGAGUAGUGAUGAAGAAUCAGAUGAAUCCAAAGGUAGUUCUUCAUCAUCUGAAGAGGAAGAAGAAAGUGAUACUGAAGAAGAAAAGCAGGCCAAAGCAAAGGGUGUCCAGCAUUUGAUAGAAAUAGAAAACCCCAACCGAGUUGUAAAAAAAGAGAAGAAAGUUGAAGAAUUGAAAUUAGAUGAAAAUGCACAGCUGUCACGUCGAGAAAGAGAAGAAUUAGAAAAGCAGAGAGCUAAAAUGCAUUAUCAGAAGAUGCAUGCAGCUGGAAAGACUAAUGAAGCAAAAGCUGACCUUGCAAGGUUAGCAAUAAUAAAAAAACAGCGAGAAGAAGCUGCAAAACGGAGAGAAGAAGAAAUUAAAGCAAAGCAAGAAGCUGAAAAAGCUAAAGCAACUCUUACAAAAAAAGCCCUUGGAAAAAGAACAUGACAUUUUAAUUCAAGUUGUUGGGAUUUAUUCACCUAAUAAAAAUGCACAUUUAUAUUAUUGUGCUGUUGCUGUUUUUAUCAACACUGUUGAAUUGGUGUGAAAUGAAGUUGCAGUGUUUUUUCAUCAGAGACAAAAAUGUAAUGAAAAUAGUAUAUCAUAAAAUGUGUUUUGUGCUUUUAUUUGUAUUUUCACUAAUUAACUAUGUGCAAUUUUGUUUUAUAUUUAUAUAAUUGCAACUUUUAUGCAUACAGAAAAAGGAUUUCCUCUUUUCUCCCCUCCCCCAUCUUCUCUUUCUUUUGCAUUUCUAAAUAAAACAAAACAAAUAGGAAUAGAGUCAAAGUCA